UUUAAUGCCAGUAAAUUUUAUGAUUGGUGUUCACUGAUGUCCUUUAGUUUAUUUCAGUCAUCAAAAGAGUGUUUGGUUGUAUUGUGGCAGGAAUGAACAGAAUAUUCCCACAGAAUGGCUGAACUAUUCCUUUAAAGGGAGCUCUGCUCUUUAUCAGAGUUUUUUUCAGUGUAACCCCUCCUAGUGUGGAGAAACCAUAUGUAAAUCCUGAAUCGGGCAGGUUUUAGUGUAAAAUCACCAAAUGUAAUUCUGCGUAACUCUGCUGCCGGCCUUGUGUUCACGUCCCCAUGAGAGGACAGUAAAGGGUUACUCCUCUGUGCAGUUUGUUGGGGGGGUCACAGUUAAAACUAUCUGUCCCUCAACAACCAGUGGGAUUCAGCACCGAUCAUCAGAUCUGUUCCAGCUGCCUUUUUGUCAUUUUGUUGAGCGGGUUCUAUAGCCGUGUGGUUUGAUGGAGGGGGCCGGUCACAUCAACAUCGCCAUGAUAGAAGACAUCGGCUCCAACGGGACGGCCGGGUCCAGAACCCGGACCACCUUGGACUGGAGCAGGCAGACUUGUGGUUCCACUGUGAGCUUCCACAACAUCCAUUACAAAGUCCGUCUGCAGAGCGGUUUACUCUGCAGCAGGAAAAUCAGCUCCAGAGAAAUACUGCUGGACCUGAAUGGGAUUAUGCAACCUGGUUUGAACGCUGUUCUCGGACCGACUGGUAGUGGAAAAUCUUCGUUCUUGGAUAUUUUGGCUGCGAGGAAAGAACCUAUGGGUCUCUCAGGGGAAGUUCUUAUUGAUGGAGCCCCUCAGCCUCCAAACUUCAAAUGCCUCUCUGGCUACGUGGUCCAGGACGACGUGGUUACGGGCACGUUGACCGUGAGGCAGAAUCUCAGUUUUUCUGCUGCGCUUCGGCUCCCAAGUUCUGUGCCUCAGAGUGAGAAAGAGGCUCGAGUUAAUCACCUCAUCGAAGAGCUGGGUCUCACUGAAGUGGCUGACUCAAAGGUGGGCACACAUAUGACCCGGGGGAUCUCAGGAGGAGAAAGGAAAAGAACAAACAUCGGUAUGGAGCUGAUUAUUGAUCCUGCAGUCUUGUUUCUGGACGAGCCAACCACAGGCCUGGAUGCUAGCACCGCUAACUCUGUUCUGCUCCUGCUGAAAAGGAUGGCUGGUCAGGGAAGGACCAUAAUCCUGUCCAUCCACCAACCUCGCUACUCCAUCUACAGACUGUUCGACACUCUGACCCUGCUGGUUAAUGGCAAAAUGGUGUAUCAUGGACCAGCGCCAAAUGCUUUGGACUACUUUGCCAACAUUGGCUAUCCAUGUGAGCCUCACAACAACCCAGCUGACUUCUUUCUUGAUGUUCUAAAUGGAGACUUCACUGAACCAGUCCACACUGCUGCAGAUUUGGACUUUGAGGAGCCGGGCACCACCAGACAGAGCAUUGAGGAGCACCUUGUGGGAGAGUACAGAAACAGCAGCUAUUUUAUAGGCACACAAGCCGAGUUAAAACGCAUUGUGCAGAAUAAGGACUUUAUAUCCCAAGUGAAGUCCCGCACCAUCACCUACAACACCUCCUUCUUCCACCAGCUCCGAUGGGUCUUCCAGAGAACCUUUCAGAACCUCAUGUUGAACCCUCAAACAUCUGUGGCUCAG